UAUUAUAUGGUUAGGGUUUAGUGCAUUUUCCUGGGUUGAAGGGUGAGAAAGGGAAAGCGAGACAAUUAGACAAGAAGGAUAAAGAGGGGGAGAGAAAUGGAUUCCUUUUCAACAGGUUCAAGCGGCUCAGGAUCUCCCCAAAUUUCAACAGAUGAAUUCAUGGACCAGAUGAAGGUUCAACUUGCUCAGGCUUAUGCCCAAGAGUUCCUCGAGACUGUGAGGGGCAAGUGCUUUGAAAAGUGUAUCACAAAGCCAGGAUCAAGUCUGAGUGGAAGUGAAAGCAGUUGCAUCUCUAGAUGUGUGGAUCGCUACAUCGAGGCCACCGGUAUUGUCGGCAGGGCUCUUCUCAAUUCCCGUUGAGUUUCUUAAACCGAAAUAUUGUUUUUGAAGAAUAUGAUAGUGCAAAAGUUUGGACAUGAUCUCAAAUUCAAAGAUGAGUUGGAUUUGCAGUUGCUAUCAUAUUUUCUGAAUUUGAAUUGGGAAAUUGUAACUUGGCAUAAAUUUCUGAAUUUGUACUUGUCAAUCCUGCAAAACCAUAGACCUAUGGGAUUUUACACGGUUAAUACUCUUUACUUGCUAUAUGUUCCUUGAUUGUUCA